AUGCUAUCUGGAUCUUCUGGACAGAAUACACCGAUGGGAAACAAUACCAUAUUCACUUACUUUCACAUUUUAGCAUUUUCCAGGGAAGGAGAGAAGCAGCCAACACUUUUUAUAGCCUUUUUCUUUGUGUACAUGUUUGGGGUUCUGGGGAAUCUGAGUAUAAUCACAGUUACAUGCAGUGAUGCUCACUUACACACCCCUAUGCACUUUUUACUGGCCAACCUGUCCUUUAUAGACAUCUGUUACACUACAACAACCCUCCCCAAACUGCUGCACAUCCUACUCACCGGCAAUAACAUCAUCUCCUUCCCAGAGUGCUUCACUCAGAUGUUCUUCUUCUCACUGACAGCUAAGAGUGAAAUUCUUGUUUUGUCUUUUAUGGCCUAUGACCGCUACGCUGCUAUCUGUGAUCCUUUGAAAUAUCACCUCAUAAUUAACAUUAAGAAGUGUGCCCUGAUUUUGAUAGGAAUCUGGACAUCAGCCGUUCCAAAUGCUCUUUUGGCUUGUUCAGUUAUUUCACAGUUGCAUUUUUGUGGUUCCAAUACAAUUAAUCAGUUCUUCUGUGACGGCAAAUAUGUGGCAAAAAUCUCCUGUGAGGUCGGAGAUAUCUACGUUUGCCUGUAUUUUGGGGCUGUGAUUUAUGGAGUCCUCCCAUUCCUGCUCUGUGUAGCUUCUUAUACCAAAAUAAUCUAUUGCAUUUUACAGAUUAAGUCGUCAUCUGGUAGGAAAAAAGCCUUCUCCACCUGUUCCUCCCAUCUCACUGCACUUCUUUUGUUCUAUGGAACGGCAUCGUGGAUGUACUUGGCACCAGAAAACUCACAGCAACUAGACCAUAUCAUCACUGUGAUUUUUACAGCUAUGACUCCUAUGCUGAACCCCCUGAUAUACAGUCUCAGGAAUAAGGAGAUAAAGAGAGCCAUAAAGACCUUACUUUUAGGAUACCAUGGGAAAUCAUAG